GUUGCAAAACCGUUGAAACUCGUAGAAAGGACGUAGAUGGCAUCGAUGCUGCCGCGCGUGCCUCUCGACAAGGUGUCGCGGGAUGGCAGCACCAAGAUCUUUGUCGCGACGAAGGACCACGCGCCGAACCUGCCGCGCCUCGAGGGCCAGAAGGUACCCGUGAACGACCGCGCCAUGCACAAGCUCGGCGUCAGCGACGAGAUCGUCAAGAUGGAGAAGCUCAUGAAGAAACUCGGGAUUUGCGACCACGACCUCGAAGAGUUCAAGCAGCUGCAACGUCACUCGGGCAACCUUGUCGAGACAGGCACGUUGACGAAGGAGGAGAUCCUCAUGGGCUUCUCGGUCAAACAAAUGCACCGCGUGAAAGCACUCAAGCGCCUCGGCGUGUCCGAGCAAGAUGUUUGGGACGCGUAUGCCCACAAGAUUUCGCAGCUCGGCGCCCAACUGCACAUCAAGCCCGCCUCGCGCAAGGCGAUUUCUCGAACGUAAUAGACCUUGUAU